AUGGACUUUGAUGAGAUCCUGAGCGAAGUGCAGCGCGCAACCAAAGAGUUGCAAGUGUCGUUUGCCAAUCAAGGUGGCGUCAUUGUGUUUGAUUCCUCCAGCACCGCAGCAUCCUGCCUGUGCGUGCAGAUUGAUCGCCUCCUCGAGCACGGGCUGCAGAAAAAGUAUGCCAAGGACUCAUAUUGGAAGCUGAUCAAGCACUACUCACACAAGGGCGUCAUCGAAGAGCUCAAGGGGCUGCAGCAUGUCAAGACACGCAAGGGCCGGUGCCGCGCCUGGAUUCGGCUGGCUCUCAAUGAAGCCCUGCUUGAGAGCUACUUCAACAACUUCCUCAGUGACCCAGCUGUGCUCCACAAGAUCUACGAACGCUACGCCUUCCUGCUGCGAGCAGAGGAGAUGGGCGUGGUGACGAUGCUGCUGUCCGGUUUGGAGCAGAUGCGGUUCAGCCUCGAUCUCGAUGUGGCUGAAUUUGAUCCAAUCAAGGGCGCAGGCGUGCAGGUGACACGUGCUCUUCCGUCAGCAUCAACAACAGCAACAGCAAGUUGGCAGCCAUCGAUGUCAGCCGCUGAAUAUAGCCAGCACGGCGACGGUGGCCUGAACGCACCAGCGAGCUCAAGCUCAAGCACAACAUCUGUUGCAGCAGCAACAACACACCGCGUUGCCUUGGAGCAGGGAGGUGUUGUGUCUGUGAUGAAGCACACAAAGGCCAAGCCCAAGCCCAAGCCCAAGGUGAAGACGAAAGCGAAAGCGAAGAAGAAGAGCAGGACGAAAGCAAAGGAGAGCAGAAAGGCCGCGCAAGCAGUGGAUGUCGUGGGUAGCGAGUUGGGGCACGAUGAUGGUGAUGAUACUGAUGUUGCUCCUGAUGUUGAUGAUGUUGAUGUUGGCGAGAAGCACGCAGUUGGCGUUGGUGCUGGUGAUGAUGAUGAUGCCGACGCCGACACUUCCAUUGGUGCUGUUGGUGUAUUUGAGGAGGACCCAGCGUCGGAGAAGGAUGAUGGGGAGGCAAAACAAAAAGAAGGUGAUGGCGGUGCAAUGGUGAGUGAGACCAUCCCACAACAGCAGGGCAGCACCGAAGCAGCAGGGGAAGGAAAGAGCGGUGCGGUCACGGAAGGCGGCACGCAUGCCACCACAACGCAACUGCAACUGCACGACGACAACGUAGACGAUGACAUUCGUGCGCACCAUAACAACGAUGGUGCUGGUUCCAUGGCGACCACCACCGAUACUCGGGAUGCUGUCGAGAGGAAGGAGGAGGCUGUGGUGGCACCAGUUGCUGUCGCACCUAUGGCCACUGAAGUGAGCGGGAAUGGAGUUGCUACUGAUGCCAAGCACAACGGCGAUCGCAGUGACAAUGACGACAAGCACGGCGAGGAUGAGGCAGGUGCACCUGCAACUGGUGGUGCUGCUGACACUCAGGGCCAUCCGAUGAAUCGAGGACAAGGAAAGGAAGAACAAGACGCACAAGAGAAGGAUGGUGCUGAUGGUGUGGAGUCGAAUGUCGGAGUAGCUGCCGUGGCAGUGGAGGGGAGUGUGGAUGCUGCCAAGGAGACUGCAGAUGCUACUCAACAACAACAACAACAACAACAACAACAACAACAACAACAACAACAACAACAACAACAACAACAACAACAACAACAACCGCGGUUGGAGGGUGGUGGCGAAGAGAUGAAGGAUGAGAGCUCACAAUCGCCGCCACCAGAACAGGCACCAUCUGCAUUACCACCUUCACCACCCUCACCACCACCAGCAACGACAGCACAGCAGACACAGCAUUCGGCUGCACAGGAGCAACAACCGGAAGUCGACGAUGGCGCGGGUAAUGGUGAUGGUCCGGACGCCAGCGAGGCGCAGGGCAUCGAGCAGGGGAGGGCCAGUGACAUGAACAUUGGUGAAGGUGGUGAUGCUGCUGAUGCUGGUGAUGAUGCUGUUGAGAGGGGGCAAGAAGAGGGAAGAGAAGGUGGUGGCUGGCUUGCAGAAGUCGUACGCGAAUCCACACCGCUGAAGGAAGAGAGACAUCACCAUGAGGUGCCAUCUCGCAUGAAUGAUAGCGCUGGUGAUGAUGGUGAUGGUGAUGGUGUUGCAGCAGGGGGGCUGACCGGCAUCAGCGUUGCCGCGCGUCUUCAAGCUGUUGUGAGUGGGGGUGUGGAUGAUGGCAUGGGCGUUGCAGGUGGUAACGAGGACACACCAGUGGAAACCGAUUCAGCGAUGCCACCAAACGAUGGUGGCAAUGCUGAUACAAGUGUUGGUGACGAGGGCAGUGACGUGGCAGUUGAUGCAAAGGAGACGGCAGAGGUGGCACAAGAAGAGCGCAGCAUUCAAGUGGACACAAUGUCCGGUGGUCAGGACGUGCAAUCCUCCUCCCUUGGUGCACACUUUCCAGGGAGCGAGCGCGGGCUUGACGUACCGCCGCAAUCCGAUCUUCUCCUCCUCGCGCGCAUGAAUAUUCUUCAGUCUGAUGAUGAGGACCUCAAACGCGUGAUUCACGUGUCACUGGUGGCGUCACGGUCCGAGAUUCCAGCGCUCUUUGUCAUCUCUAGUGUUCGCGUGUACGUCGUCGUGCUGACACCGAAAGGUAACACCACAGCCACAGUGCAGCGCCCUCGUCAUGGGGAGAUUCUCGUCGGGUUUUCGCCCAGCGUGCUGGAGGUGUUUGGUGUUGUGAUGGGUGGACAGGGCUUCCUGCUGCAUUACAAGAAUCCAAAGGUCGACAAGUCCCUCCGACACCUCACGCUCAUCACCGGUGACCAGGAUGUCACGAACAGCGUGAUGAUUGAUCUUCAGACGCGAUCACCGUCACUCGUCGUCCAGCCCACUGACGCCCACCGCAAGAGUGCCAUCCACUCUCUCUUCGACCAGUUGGACAUCCCGCUGUCGUCGCCGCAGUAUUUUGUGUGCUACGCUGCUGGCGAGGCGAAGGCGGUGACCGUCAUCACAAACAACGAGGUCCAACAUCAGGGUACGCUGCAGUGCAAACGGGAGCGAUUUCUCGGCGGCGUCACGUGGAAACCGUUUGAUGUCCGCCUGAGGCAAGAUGCUCUUCACCUGACGUCCAAGGAGGAUUCACAUCAGCGGUUUUCCAUUUCGCGACGAACACGAGGAUUCACCUGCAGAUCAGUGCAUGACGAGCGACCGCACUGCUUUGAGAUCAGCACCGUUGACCACGAACCACUCGUGCUGUCUACCAGCAAUCGGCUGGCCAAGUUGGAGUGGAUCUCCAACAUCCAAUCACCAACGCGACCCAUCAUCAAAGCACACGCCAUCACCACACCGCCACCACGGCUGCAUGCCAGUCGCGUGUGCUCGUGGCUCUUUGUGUCCGUCGUUCUCUCUGGUGACCAGCUCCACAUCUGCCGCGAAAACCACGCAACGUUCUCCCUAACCCGUGUUGGGUCCGUGUCUGUGGAGCACGUUGCAAGCCUGGACAUCACAACCCUGCGCGGCGACGAUGGAGGUGUUAAUGAUGCUGAUGACGAUCCAGUGAUGGUGGACAUGACAUUUGAGGAUGAUGAUGAUGACGAUGAAGACGAUGCUGAUGCACGUGCUGGGCUGCGUGACAGCAGCCGCGGCAGUGGUGAUUCAGAUGGUGGUGCUUCGAUUGUCAGCGAUGGUGAUGGAAGAUUGCGGCUGCUGUUCAAGACGCGCAACGCUGCGCUCUGCUUCCGUGCGGCGCUGAGCGAUGUGUACCAGGACAUGUACCAAAUCCCGCUCCCAGCACUGCAUUCCUGA